AUGGUGUGCAAGGUGCAUCGCACAGAUUGGGCAAAGUGGGUCGAAAUUCUGUCCUGUCGACCAGUAAAUUCCCCUACACCAGCCCAGCUUGCUUGGUGCCCCCAUCUCCAUCUCCGCAUCCAUCGCGACCCUCCUUUUCCUGACUCUCUGCCGACGGAGAAGGGCCACCGACUCGGCUGUGCCUCCCCGCUCACCCCUUCUAUGGCGCAAACCACUCUCACCGCUGCCGCCUCGCUCGCCGCGCGCGGCAGCGGCGGCCGCUCCUCCGUCAGCGGCAUUGCCGCCACUGUCUUCGGCGCGACCGGCUUCCUGGGCCGCUACGUCACCAACCAACUCGGGCGCAUCGGAUCGCAGGUCACCGUCCCGUACCGCGGCGACGAGCUCUACUCGCGCCAUCUCAAGGUCAUGGGCGACCUGGGCCAAGUCGUCCCGGUCCCGUUCGAGCUGCGCGACGAAGACUCUGUCCGCGACGCCAUACGCGGCUCCACCGUCCUCGUCAACCUCAUAGGCAAGCACUACGAGACGCUCAACUACAAGUUUCCCGACGUCCAUGUCUCGGCGACGAGGCGGCUGGCCGAGAUCGCCCGCGAGGAAGGCAUCGAGCACUUUGUCCAUGUGUCGGCGGCCGCCCCGGCCAAAGACACCUCCAGCCGCUGGCUGGCCACCAAGAUCGAGGGCGAGGACUGCGUGCGCGACGUCUUUCCGGACGCCACCAUUGUGAGGCCCACGGAUAUGUUUGGCACGGAGGACCGCUUCUUGACUCGCAUGGCGAUCAAUGUCAUGCAGAUGUACGCCAUUCCGCUUGCGGAUGACGGCGAAUCGCUUGCGCAGCCGGUGUGGGUGAACGACGUGGCGAGCGUGGUAGUCACCGCCGCGCGCGAUCCGGAGCGGUUCGGAGGGAAGACGCUCGAACUGGCAGGGCCGGACGUGAUGACGAUCCGGGAGCUGUACGAUUUCGUGUGCACGUCGAUUAAGCGCGAGGGGAGGUUCAUUCCCGUGCCUGGCAAGUUGAUGGAAAUCGGGGCAAAGUUUACAGGCGCGCGGCUACCGAUCAUCAACCCAUACCCAUUGUACACGGAAGAGCAAGUGAAGAUGGAGGUGGCAGAGACGAUUUUGGACUACGAGAAGGAGGGCGUGCUGCGGUUUGAAGAUCUAGACUGCGUGGCGAUGAGCGUGCAUUCGGAUACUGCGGGCGAGGUGCUGCGUCGGUUCCGACGGGGCGGGGACAGAAGCAGUUUGUUCUACAUCGACUAG